CCAGCUCGUCGCUCGCGCUCCCCUCGCCUCCUUCGCUUCCCCCGCGGCGGCGAUGCCAGGGCCUUCGCCAGGGCUGCGCCGGGCGCUACUCGGCCUCUGGGCUGCCCUGGGCCUGGGGCUCCUCGGCCUCUCAGCGGUCGCGCAGGAACCCUUCUGGGCGGACCUGCAGCCCCGCGUGGCGCUUGUGGAGCGCGGGGGCUCGCUGUGGCUGAAUUGCAGUACCAACUGCCCGCGGCCGGAGCGCGGUGGCCUGGAGACCUCGCUGCGCCGAAACGGGACCCAAAGGGGUUUGCGGUGGCUGGCGCGGCAGCUGGUGGACAUCCGCGAGCCCGAGCCCCAGCCCGUCUGCUUCUUCCGCUGCGCGCGGCGCACACUACAGGCGCGUGGGCUCAUUCGCACUUUCCAGCGGCCGGAUCGCGUAGAGCUGGCGCCACUGCCUGCCUGGCAGCCCGUGGGCGAGAACUUCACCCUGAGCUGUAGGGUUCCCGGUGCCGGGCCCCGUGGGAGCCUCACACUGACCCUGCUACGGGGCGCCCAGGAGCUGAUCCGCCGCAGCUUCGCAGCCCCGCGCUCUGGAGACCCCAGCGUCUCUCCUAUCCCUUCCCUGGAACCUUCUCACGCUCUGCUGUGCACCGUGGUCCACGGACUGGCAUCGUCCCCACUCACGGUCCGCGAAGAACCCACCUCCCCAACUGCGGUGACUCAGAAGCGCUGUUCCCGCUCCGCCCGGAGCCCUGGCAACCGGCUGGGGGACAGCCGCGGGCCCGAGACCCAGCCCGUCUGCUUCUUCCGCUGCGCGCGGCGCACACUACAGGCGCGUGGGCUCAUUCGCACUUUCCAGCGGCCGGAUCGCGUAGAGCUGGCGCCACUGCCUGCCUGGCAGCCCGUGGGCGAGAACUUCACCCUGAGCUGUAGGGUUCCCGGUGCCGGGCCCCGUGGGAGCCUCACACUGACCCUGCUACGGGGCGCCCAGGAGCUGAUCCGCCGCAGCUUCGCAGGCGAGCCACCCCGAGCGCGGGGCGCGGCGCUAAUGGCCACAGUGCUGGCGCGGAGGGAGGACCAUGGGGCCAAUUUCUCGUGCCGCGCCGAACUGGACCUGCGCCCACACGGCCUGGGUCUGUUUGAAAACAGCUCGGCCCCCAGAGAGCUCCGAACCUUCGCCUUGUCUCAGGACCCCCCGCACCUCGCUGUUCCCCGGCUCUUGGAAGUGGGCUCAGAACAGCCCGUGCGCUGUGCCUUGGACGGACUGUUUCCAGCCUCAGAGGCCCGGGUUCACCUCUCGCUGGGAGACCAGAGGCUGAGCCCCGAUGUCACACUCGAGGGGGAUGCUCUAGUGGCCACCGCCCCCGCCCCUGCCACAGCUAGCGCAGAGCAGGAGGGAGCCACACAACUGGUCUGCAACGUGACCUUGGGGGGCGAAAGCCGGGAGACUCGGGAGAACGUGACAGUCUACAGCUUCCCCGCGCCCCUCUUGACCCUGAGCGAACCCAGCGCCCUGGAGGGGAACAUGGUGACAGUAACCUGCACAGGCGCGGAUCAAGCCCUGGUCACACUGGAGGGGGUCCCAGCAGCGUUCCCAGGGCAGCCCGCCCAGUUCCAGUUAAACGCCACCGAGGACGACGACAGGCGUGGCUUCUCGUGCGUUGCCACGCUCGAGGUAGAUGGAGAGACCUUGAGAAAGAACAGGAGCGCGGAGCUUCGAGUCCUAUACGCUCCCCGGCUGGACGAUUCGAACUGUCCCCGAAGCUGGACGUGGCCAGAGGGCCCAGAGCAGACACUGCGCUGUGAAGCCCGCGGAAAUCCCGAGCCCUCGGUGCACUGCGCUCGGCCCGACAGCGGGGCGGUGCUGGCGCUGGGCCUGCUGGGUCCGGUCACCCGCGGGCUCACCGGUACUUACCGCUGCACAGCGGUCAAUGCUCAGGGCAAGGCGGUCAAGGACGUCAUGCUCACGGUGGAAUACGCGCCAGCACUGGACAGCGUGGGCUGCCCUGAACGCAUCACCUGGCUGGAGGGGACAGAGGCGUCGCUGAGCUGCGUGGCGCACGGAGUCCCACCGCCCAGCGUGAGCUGCGUGCGCUCCGGGGAGGCCGAGUUCAUGGAGGGGCUGCUGCGGGUGUCACGGCACCACGCGGGCACCUACCGCUGCGAAGCCAUCAACGCCAGAGGCUCUGCCGCCAAGAAUGUGGCCAUCACCGUGGAGUACGGCCCCGCUUUUGAGGAGCUGAGCUGCCCCAGCAACUGGACAUGGGUCGAGGGAUCUGGGCAGCUGUUUUCCUGUGACGCCGAUGGAAAGCCACAGCCGAGAGUGGAGUGUGUGGGCUCCGGGGGCACCAGCGAUGGGGUGAUGCUGCCGCUGGCACCCCCAGACCCGAAUCCCAAGGCCCUCAUCAUCCCUAACGACCCGGCACCCGGCAUCUACAUCUGCAACGCCACCAACCCGCACGGCUCCGUGGUCAAAACAGUCGUCGUGAGCGCGGAGUCGCCACCGCAGAUGGAUGAGUCCACCUGCCCGAGUCAGCAGACGUGGCUGGAAGGGGCGGAGGUUGCGGCGCUGGCCUGCACCGCACGGGGUCUUCCCUUCCCAGGGGUGCGCUGCUCCCGGGAGGGAGCGCCCCGGCGGGAGCGGCAGCGCGUGUCGCGAGAAGACGCGGGCACCUAUCGCUGUGUGGCCACCAAUGCGCACGGCACAGACUCGCGGAUGGUCACCGUAGGGGUGGAAUUCCGGCCCGUGGUAGCCGAGCUGGCCGCCUCGCCUCCGGGCGGCGUGCGGCCAGGCGGGAACUUCACGCUGACCUGCCGCGCCGAGGCGUGGCCCCCGGCCCAGAUCAGCUGGCGCGCGCCCCCGGGCGCCCUCAACAUCGGCCUGUCGAGCAAUAACAGCACGCUGAGCGUGGCGGGCGCGUCCGUGGCUGUGGGUCGCCGUGGGCGGCGCAGCCGGGGGCGCGGCGCUGCUGGCCGCGGGGGCCGGCCUGGCCCUCUACGUGCGGUCCACCGCCUGCAAGAAGGGCGAGUACAACGUGCAGGAGGCGGAGAGCUCGGGCGAGGCCGUCUGUCUCAACGGCGCUGGCGGCGGCGCCACCGGGGACAGCAGCGCGGAAGGUGGACCGGACGCGGGCUGGACGCUGGGGCCGCCGAGGCCCACCGCGGGGGGCGAGGUGUUCGCCAUCCAGCUGACAUCUGCGUGAGCCCGCUCUCCACUCCCCGCGGGCCGGGGGACGCCCCCCAAACGCACACGGUGGGGGGGGGCUUAUUUAUGGCUCUAUUUAUUUAUUUAUUCAUUUAUUUAUUUAUUCAACUCCAGGGGUGUUACCCCCAUUUUCUACCCAUUCCCCCUAAUAAAGUUUUUAUAGAGGA